AUGGACGCUGGCUAUUGUGCUGAGUGUUUCUUGUUGAACGCUUGCUGGUACGGCUUGCCCCAAAGCCGAAACCGGGUCUACAUCAUAUGCCUCAAUGUGCAGCACCCAGCUGUGUCUGUGAAUGCCAAAGACUUCUUCGCAAAUGUCAGAUUGCUCCUGCAAAAGCUUUACCUGAAAGCUCCUGCAGAGGAUUUGCUUCUGGACAAUGAUGAUGAAGCUGUCAUGGCACACUUGGAUCGUUUGAGUGGGGAGCGGCAGGAGCAAGAGGAACAAGCGGCACAGGCGGAUGAGAAGACACCAGGAUGGAUAAGCCUGCAUAUGACCCAAGCAGACAAACGUUUCUUGAUUCCUGUUUGGGUAUUGUUCUGGCUGUUUCAAGUGUUUUACAGUACGUUUUAG